CAAUGGUAUGGAGUUCAAGGUGAUCAGACCUCACACGCAGCCUUAGUCAUUUCUAAACAUUAAAUGCAAGCCAGACGCCUUGUUAUGCCACAGACGAUCCAAGUCCGCCCGUGACUUAUGUGUAUCAUACAUUCGGUGAUCUGACCAUAAUGAACAGAGAACCCUCAUGCGGUGCCAUAAGAGAGGAAAACAGAACCUUGGAAUGAUGUAUCUUAUCCUCCACAUGACAAUGGUGGACCUGCGAUUCUGCUAAAAUCGAUGAAGUAACUGGACCAAAAUUUGUCUGCAUCUUCAAUUUCUCUCUCCAACACAUACCAAUGUCAGCUGUGGGAAAUGCAAGCCCUGCCUGAGAACUUGAAAGUUUAGUUCAAAAGUUUAAGCUAUUGAGUAGAGAUUGUCAAAAGAUAUAUACCAUGUUAAAGAAGUGGGAAUCCAAAAGCUGAAGCUACUAGGGUGGAGAUUGCCCACUUACCAUAUGAAGAAAUUCCUAAGUGAAAGAUUGAAAGAAAGUAAGGACGGUGUUGGAUACUUUAGAUACAGUUGUGUUGAGGUGGAAAGGUUUGACUGAUCGAUGAGGGAAGAUGGGCGAUGGCAGUUUCAAAUCAAGAUUGUAGUUUGACAUUCGAUGAGGUGGAAUGAGAGCCUCUUUUGUGUGGAGGGUGACGAGGAUGCAAUGCAUAAUGUGUGGUGGAAGUGUUCAUGCAACGGAAUCCUUAAUCCACAGUUCACAUUCAGGGACGACCCAGGUUCUCUUUUCUUUACAUAUUAACUUUGUUUUUUCCUUCCUUUCUUAAUAAUGGGAUAGGGAAGAAGGUCUGUGGGGGAAUUUAGCAUCUUCAAAGUUCCCAACUUCCAAAUUAAAGCUAGAAUCUACUUACUUGGUCGGAGCCCACUUUCUAGUCAAAAGCAAAUUACAGGUGAACCUACGUGCAGAGGAACUGAACUUGAGCGAGAAGAGUCCGGAUCAUCUUCCCAUGUGGGGAGGGAUAGUUGUUUAUCAUGGAUAGCAGACUUGAGUCUUCAGAGACGCUAAGGAACAAGUGUGCAGCAUGCUUUAGGCAAUUCAAUAAAAUGGAGCACCUAGUGGAACACAUGAGGAUCUCUUAUCACUCAGUUCAUGAACCCAUGUGUGGCAUCUGCAGAAAGCAUUGCCGAUCUUUUGAAUCACUCAGGGAGCAUCUAAUAGGUCCACUGCCAAAGGUGGAAUGUGCAAGGAUAUUCAGUGUUCAAGGAUGCAACCUAUGCUUAAAUAUUUUCAAAAGCCCGUAUGCUCUUAAGCUUCACCGAGGGAAAUGCCAAAUCUCGCGUGCAAUCCCUGCAGGAUUGCUCUCUCGAAUGUCUAACUUGGGAAUACAAGAUGAUCUCAGAAUUGACAAUGGAAGAAGAGGACCACAAGUAGUUGCACUUGCUUGUAAAAUGGUUGGUGGUGGUGGUGAUGGCUCCUUAGAUCUUUGUGCAAGGGUUUGCCUUGUUGAUGAAGAUGAAAACAUCAUCUUCCAUUCUUAUGUCAAACCCUCGAUUCCGGUCACAAACUAUCGAUACGAAACAACCGGCAUACGACCAGAAUACUUAAGGGAUGCAAUGCCAAAAAACCAAGCGCAGAGGAAGAUUGGGGAAUUCUUGUGCAACGGGGAACCGAUAUGGACAAUCCAUUCCAGAAGAGGUAGAGCAAGGAUUCUUGUAGGCCAUGGUUUGGAUCAUGACCUACAGUGUUUAGAAAUGCAGUAUCCAGCACAUAUGAUCAGGGACAUAGCCAAAUACCCUCCAUUGAUGAAAACAAGCAAGCUCAGCAAUUCAGUCAAGUAUCUAACACAAGCUUAUUUUGGGUAUGACAUCCACACAGGGAUACAAGACCCCUAUGAGGAUUGUGUAGCCACAAUGAGGCUUUACAUGAGAAUGAGGUCUCAAGUUCAUCCCAUGGAAGACUACCCACUGGCUACUGAUGCACCGAAUCGCAACAACUUUGCAGUUUCGAGACAGAAUGAACUCGAAAGAAUGACACCUGAUGCAAUGCUGGCGAUCUCAAGGUCUGACUACUAUUGCUGGUGCUUAGACUCUGCAGGGAGCUAGAGUGCUAGAACCAUGAAUUCACCUCACUCACAUAUGGAGUUGUACUCUUAUUAUAUGGCCAAUAGGGAUAGCCAUUUCAAUAAAUAUGAUGCUUGAUAUUAAGAAAAUAAAACAUGGAAUCUAAUAUAUCCAUGUUGAUUAAAUACUAGGGAUUUUAAACACUUGUAUGUUUUGAAUAGCUCUAUUGUUGCAGUACCAUUUUAUAUAUAUGAAGUGAUCAGUAUGAUGAAAUAGCUUCCAACA